AUGGGGUAUAGAGUUUCUGCUAGCAUCAUGCUUCCAUGAUGGAGGUAAGGACCUCCAAAUUAAUAUAGAUACCAAACACAUAAGUGAGCAAGAUAGUUUUUGUUAAUUGUGGUAGAAACAAAAUGGGGAAUUGUUGGUAGAAUGUGACUAGGAAAGAAUCAGGGUUUAUUAGUUUGGAUAACCAGGAAGGAUAUCAUGGAGGGAGUGAUUUUGAGGUAAGACUGACUGUCUGAUGCAAAGUUACAGGUCUUGGCACUAUCAGUCAUUGGCUCUGUGACUUGGACAAAUCACACAACCUUUCUGAACUUCAGUUUCCUCUUCUGUAAAAUGAGGCAGUAGCUACCUUGUAAGACUGCUAUGAAGACAAGAGGUAAUAUGUGUGGAGCAGUGAACAUUAGGUUGUAGUAGGUGGUUAAGAAGAUUGUAGGACUGGUUUUGAAUAGUGGAGAAAGAAAUGAAGAUACUGAUCUUUGUUUUGUUUAUAACGUGAAUUAUGUGUUUCCUUAACAUCUAGUGGUCAGAUUUUGUGCUUGUCUUUAUAAAACUAGCCCUGGACUAAAUGUGGAAAUGUGUUUUGUUAUUUGUUAUUAUCUCUUCUUUCUUCCAGAAUCAUCUUGGUCCAUGCUGUGGCCUUGGUCUUCCCACUGUGGCUGCAUUGAGUUCAUAUCUGAAGAUGUUAGCUUAAGAGUAGGGCUUUAGAUUGGAUUUUGAUUCUAGGUGUAAGGGGAUGUACAAGUAUGCAAAGGUUCAGCAGUGCCUCUAUGUGCUCGAUGUCACAAAAUGUUCAGGCCCACCGCGAACACAGAAGCAGUGGAGAACUCCUGACUCUCAGUCCUGUGUCUCAGCCCUGGGUCACACUUCCUGUCUACACUGGUGCAAAAUGUCACUGUAGGUGCAGAAAUGAAAAGGCAAAGCUCUCCUCCCACACAGGAUGCCAGCGUUCACCAGCCUUGACUUCCAGAGGCGAUAUUGUGUUUUUAAUGAAUGUCUUGAAAUUUUUGAAGCAUCUGGAUUUCAGUAGCUGUGUUCCUUGAUUCAGGUACCUAGGGAAUGGUAACUUUCAAAAGGAAAGAUCCUAGGUUGUGUGAGAAGAAAUAUUUUAAGUGCAAAUGCUAGGUGUCUGAGAGCAAUGGUAGGAUUCUGUCUUAUUAGAAACUGUGGCUUAUUGAGCAAUUUAGGGAAGACAUCUGUGAUCUCUGCCCUUCCUUGCCUUCUCCUUCCCUGUAGUAGAUAACUUGCUGAAUCAUUUCUUUUCUUUUCCCAUAUGAUCAUGGACAGCAGUGGAAAAGUGGUUGUUCACACUGUUAGAAGAAUGCAUGGCUUGUAUUUGUAGGAAACUUUCCUUCUGGGAAGCUUAAUUUGCUACAGUGGGAAGAAGGUAUGAAGCAGACAAGAUUCAUUUAGUGUGGAGGCUGGGGUUAUAUAAUUUAUAUAUAAUUAUGAAAUGAUAGUUAGGAAUGCUGUAUUUAGUUUGGUACUUUGGCUGCAAAAUGUUCUUCAAUAUUAACUGGUUCUAAGAAGCAUGCUUUAUCAAAAUAUAGGUUUUAUUUUUAUUACUGAGGAUUUGAAAUUUUGGUUGAAGAAAAUGCACAUGAAAAUUGUAAAGAUGAUUUUCGUAUUUAACUCAGGGGUUAGUGUAAUUCUAAUAAAGUCUGCCAGAGGCCCUUAUGAGAAGUGCUCCAGUGCUCCCCUUGUAUGAAUGCAGUUUCUCCUUAACUGGUAAAGACAUUUCUCAAAAACUGAGUCCAUGAACAAGCAUGUAGAUAAGUCAGUGCUCUUAGCAGUCACCCUUCCAUCAAAAAAACAAAACCUGAGGGCGGGGGAAAAAACCCUGAUAUAUUGCUGCCUUUCUUUUUAGUAUUUAUUUGAAAAAUUUCAUCAGAAGUGAAAAGGCAUCACUUUAGUCAGCUUUGCUCAGUUGUAUUCCUGAGCUUGUGUAGCAACACCAUCUAAAUUUAGGUGAUUGGCUCCUUGACUAGUAGAAGCUUUUGCAGCUGAUUUUUAAUGCUUUUUUUGGCCAAGAAAACCGUGAGUAAACAAUAAAAUGCUAUUGACCAGUUAGGGUCACUUGUAAGGAAAGAAGAUGAUACCAACUCUGCAUUCCUGGAAGUCUAGUUAUUUAUUUUUAAAAGAAGAUUAUAUAGUAGCUUAUGUGAAGCAAUCCCUGCAAAUACAACCAGCUGGCAUAAUCCCUGGUGACAUUCCAGAUAAGUUUGCCCAUUUGCUGCAAGGAAGUUUGUGCGGAAAGUAACUUGGAAGAGGUUGGCUCCUGACACAUGAUAUACUGGACAAUCAGAGGGUAGACUUUUUGGAACCAUGCCUUGCAUCAUCAUAACAUACUAAUUUCCCCCUGGUCAUUCCACUAAUAAUAUUUUUAUCUAGGUAAACGCUAGAUGAGCAAAUGCCAAAUGAUGGGAUCUUGGAAUGCAGUUCUAAUGACACUGAUUAUGGAUGGAAACUUUAAAUCUCUGUUGAUUCAGAAACAAAUGAGAGGGUUUGAUGAUGCUUACUUGGUCAUAGUGUUGAAGUCACUAACAUGCAUGAUUUAACAGGAGUUUAAUGACAAGGACAAUUAGUUAUCGUUUGUUUUGGGGGUCAGUGAUACCAUCUGCCCCUCUGUUGUUUUGGAGUUCUGCAUUUUGUACCCCCUUUUCUCACUCUUAUACAUAUGCCUGACAUCUUUCUAAUUAGUUCUCACUGGCAGCCAGCUUCCUUUUUCUUGUGUGUUUCUUUGAGUGGACACUUUUGUCUAUUAAUAUUUUCAUUUCCAGAUUCUCAUAUCUACUCCUUUCACAUGCUCAGACUAUGUUGUUCAGUUUCAUGGCUCCGGCAACUGAAGAGAAUUCAAUACAAACCUGCCCUUAUGGCCUUAUCACUGGGAUUGGUUUCAGGGAGGAGAACAUCCAUUUGUCAAAGUGAAAUAUCACUAAUGUAAAUCUGGAACUACCUUUCUUGAGAGAAAUGAACUGUUAUUUUUUAAACCAGUAGGCAAUUAUUAUCAAAAACCAUAUAAACAGCACUCCCUUAUUUUUACUAAAUGUGUUCUAACUCAGGGAAUGUUUCAUUUCAAUACAAGAGUAAUUCAAUAUGGAGACCAUUGAAAAAGCCUCAGUGCAGUUUCCCAAACCUGAGUGUGCAGGAGCACCCCCUGGAGGACUUCUGGGGAAUAGCAUAGCAAUUUCUGAUUGAGGUGCUGGUCUUAGGUGUAAGACUUCAUCUGGAGUAGUUUCUCUGUUGGGUUCGGUGUACACCUUGCAAACCAUUACGCUAGGGUGGUGUUGGUGGGUGAUUUUACACAAGGAAACAGAAAACACUGCAAGAUGUGAAAUAUAAAUAAUAUAAACUUGGGCUUCCCUGUCAGGAGGCAAAAUACUCAGAUUGAAUUUGGCUUGUAAAGUCAUUUGUUGGUUAAAUAACUAAGAGUUCAAGGAUACAGAUAGGGAUAACUAGGUUUACCAAAGUAAGUUUCUAUAAGUGUGAUCUCAGUGAUUUGCAGUUAACCCAUUUUUAUUAUCAUAAGGAACCCUGACCCAAACCAAGAGGGGGUGGCAGUUUACUCCAGAUUCUGAGAGUGUGAAGCAGUUACUUAACACAAAGCAUUGGUUAAAAAACAUAGUGAUGGUGCUUCAGGGCAUGUCCACAUGACCAGAUUGUUUUUCACAAAACUUCUGCUGAGUAAAACUUGAAAUACGACUGUCAGCCUGUUUUCCCAUCUUUAAUGAAAUCCAGACAGUUUGUAGAGUGUGGGAGCUUCCAAAACAGAGGGGCUGGAUGUCUGUGACCAGUCAGCACCCAUUUCGUCACACAUAAGGGUGUCUUGACAUAACAGAGUCUUUCGCUUUGUUUGAAUCUCACCAAGCUGCUUACUUCCCUUAUGCUGAAGUAGAGGCCGAGAAACAAGGGCAGGGCCAAGGUUGGGUCAGACAAAUAAAGUCUAUUGAAAAUUUCCAGACUCCUGUUUUCCCAGAAGUGAGGCUGUCUCUGUGCUUAAUUCACUGAGUCCCACGUAUUUUGAAAUUUUUUUGUUAUUGUUGUUGCUUCUGCAGAAAGAGCUCUGAUCUGUUCUUGCUGCAAAUUGGUUAAAAGUCCUAACAAGUCUUAACUUUGGAGUAAGACCAAUUUGAAUUUAAAUUGCAAUUUGGCCACCUCGUAACUUUGGGCAAGUUAUGCUUGAGGCCCCUGUUUCAACACAAGACUAAAAGGAGGUAGUGGAUAAUAAUAUGUUGUUCAUUAUAGAGUAAUUGUGAAAAUUAAAAGAGAUAUAUAAGUGGAGGGCUCAGCCCAAAAUCUGAUUCUUAGUUGACUUAUUCUGAUUACCUUCAUAUCCAUGGUAUCAAUGAGGCUUUUGACCUGAAGUGAAUUUUUAGUUUUGUACACCAUAAUAAAAGAGAGGGAAUAACUCGGAGGCAAUCAGCAGGAAGACAGGAAGAGUCAGGGAGAAAAGGGCCUCAGUAGUGGUCAAGUUGGAUAAUCAGCAUCAGGGUCUUUUAGAGUUAUUGCAGGUCAAACAGUGGGGGAUUAUGGGACUGCAAAGAGGGAGGUAUUUAAGGACAGCAGGAGCUAUUUGCAUGCAAGGCGUUAACUUUUGUGUCCAGCACAAUCUUUGUCUUUAUCACUGUGUUUCCUUUCAUCAUAAUAAUAGACUGUAGCUGGGUGGAGAAAUGAAUAAUAAGAUGCACUAAUUGGCGUUGCCCAAUGCCAUGGCAUGAAGCAGCUCAGCACCACUGUCUUCUCCAGGCCGAGAAGUGUGACUGCUAACUGUCAUCUGCAGCUUCAUCUUUGUAUUUAUGCUUUAAACACCACAGGUCUAAAUGCAGCCACCUUUAGCCAGUACAACUCACAAGGCCUUGCAUUCUUGAACCUCAGGGUCAUUAGAUCUUUCUGUCCUUCUAGUAUUUCCCCUUGGUAUUGGCUAUUUAGGAGACUAGAGUCUUAAGUUUUAAGAUACCCCUCAUCCUACCUACAUGAUAGUUGUCUUGUCUUCAUCAUCACGAAGUUUUGCUCCUAAAACCUGUAGCUGAACUAGUCACCAGAAAACAGAAAGGGAUUAACGUGGGUAGUAACUAUCUUUGUAGGGAACUUGCCUGUGUGUGGAUGCCUUUGUCGGUUGCAGCUGAGUCCUGUUACCAGGGCAGCCAGGUGCCUGCCUCAUUUUCUUUCUGUGAAGAUACAGAGAAGUAAUAAAUUUGUUCUAGAGAUGCAGUGGAUGCCAGCUGCUGCAGGUGUGACCACAUCUGGGGCUCUGCUUGCUCUACUGCAUUUGUUGCCCAUCUUUGCUGACUACUGCAGUUUUGUACUAUUACUGGUGCCACUUCUAUUAGAAUUAGGAGUUUGCAUAAGAAUUGGAGAUAUGGUUAAUCACGGUAACAUUUCUGUGCACAGGUGCUGUUGACUCUCCCAUUGCUUUUUUGCUGUUAAGUCCAGAGUUUAAAACACACCAGCUGAACAGACAGUUCUCAAAUUCUUGGCAGUUUUUGCAGCAAGCUUUCAAAUAGAUCCUAGUGUAAGAGCAGCUCAAGAAUCUUCCAGACCACUUCCAACUAUCAAUGGUGUGUGGCUGUGAAUGAGGGUGAAUUUCAUUGCCACUUAAUGGGAUGGAGCUUGUACUAGAAUCCAUGCAUACAGUUAGACAGACAUACAGGAUUCUCAAGGCAGCAUUGUUCAGAUAAUUUCAUCUUCUCUCUGGUAUUAGAACUAAUCUGAACUUGUUUCUUGGAGAAGUAGUUCCAGUCCUGAGUUUUAUAAGGAAACAGAAAAACAACAACAACAACAACAAACCACAAAAGUUUCCCUCUUCCCACAAAAUCAGAGGAAACAGGUACACUGAAGCACUGAAGCUAAAGGUAUGUAGUGAUGGAUGCUUUCCUGUGGAGCUGCUGUGUUUGAAGGUUUUCUGAACACAGAAGAGUGGAGAUUGAGAAGAGCUCUAGUCUCAUGGGUUAAUGAACUCUGACUGUCCUUGAGAGAAUGGAGUGAAGUGGCUGUGUCGGCUGGAUGAGAGAAACUGAGCUCAGAUCUAGGGGUGGAGCCAGCCACAGAGAUGGAAAGGGUGACUUUGGAUGUCUUCAGUGUUAGAUUCCUGGGGCAUUUAUUUGGGAGGAUGAUAAGAUUUGCUUAUUAAUUUUAUUUUCCCAGAGUCAUUAUUAAAAUACUAUUUGUAGCAUCCUAGAGCAAAUUUACUUGGCUCUGGAAGUGACAUGAUGUUUGAGAAGUGUUUACUGAGCCUACUUUAGAGCCAAGAGACAAAACUUGAGCUAAAAGUGUCCAGGUGAGCCUACUGUCUCCAUGACAACUGAGUGACUGCUUAGUGAUGAUCAGAUCAUGAAGGGGCAGAUGAGUUCUUUCUGGGGGAAUAAAGAGCCCAUUUAAUGAUCGUAUCAGCCACUCUAGAAAAGGAAUAUGUUUUAAAUGGUAUUCAUUAAAAAAUGGCUUGAGUUGCCACUUAAUUUGAAAGCCUUACUUAAAAAAAUAAUGUAUAUUUUAAGAAAUCAAGCAUCUUCUAGUUAUAAAUAGUUAUAAUAUUUAUUUUACUAUCAGUCCCCAUGGGAACAGGGAAUUUGUUAGCUCUCUGUGUAUCUUGACUAUCCAGGCUGCUGAGUGUCCAAUAAAUUUUUGUUGACUAAAGAACAAAGAGGAUGGAUGCAGUCUUCAGUGUGUGAAAAUGGGCCAGCAACUUUGAGGGACUCUAUUAAACCCUUUCAGGAGAUGUAUAAAAAUGAUCUCAACCUUUCCUCUUACUAGCUAUGGGUUCUUGUUAAUUUUUCUGAAGUUCAGUAUCCUCACCUAAAAAAUGUGGCCUAUCAUAGAAUUUCCUUUUUACCAUAGUUUUGAAAAUUCUAAGAAGGCAAAAUAUAGAAAUGACUGAUGUAUUUAAUUCCUCGAUACAAUAAGUUCAUGGUUGUUACUACAUAAGUAAUGUCAUAAAACGGUUCUGGUUACUAAUGUUCUGUCGUCAUUAAAUUAGUGCAUACUGAACCACUGCUACUAGAGAAAUAGUAGCUAGGUUCCUGGGAGCCUCUGAUGACAGCAUUUUUGUCAACUAAUCAGUGGAUUACUGUUCUGCUUAAACAGUUUAUUGAAUAUACUACAUUACUGAUUUAUUAAAAUUGAAGCACUCUAACUGGGUCUGAAUGAUGCUUAUGUUUUUAUUGGUAUGUUUGUGUACAUAAUGAUUACUUUCAUUUUGAGGAAUUGGAGCAUGCACAUCUUAAUAAUUUUGACUUCCCCUCCUCUUUUUAUUCUUUCCUAGUUUCCUUUCCAUUCUAAAAAGUCCUGUUUCCUAUCAUUUCUCUUUCAUUUUGCCUUUUAUAUUAUUUAUAUUUUGGACCGCUCAAAAGCAAUCAUGUAAUAUUGACCCUUCCAUGUCUCAUUUUUUUUUUUUAACUUGGUAUUAUGGUCUCAAGAUCUAUCCAUUUUUUUUGUUUUUUUUUUCUUUUUCAUUUUUAUCGGUACCGGGGAUCGAACUCACGACUGCCUGCUUGCAAGGCAGGUGCUUAUGCCGCUGAGCUAAAUCCCCAGUCCCCAAGAUCUAUCCAUUUGAAUGAUGUUUAUCUUAGUACAGUAUUUUCUCCAUAGGACACAUCACAAUCUCCUACACUUGGGCUCUCUAGAAAUCACGUCAGCACUGUGCAUAGGCACCCUUUAAAUGGUGGAGUGGCCAACAAAACACAAAGAAAUGCAGAAAACGUGUCUUUGAAAGAAACCACAGUAUGCUACGAGUGCUGAAACCAAAAGGCAGAUCAUCACCCCCUUGCUUGACCUCAGUUGGAAAUGUACACAGUGGGCUGCUCAAAUUUCUGGCUAUUCUGUGAAUGCCCACAUUUGACUAUGAAAAUGCUUCCACUGUUGAUGUUUGGAAUUGCAAAUAGAUGUUGGCAAGUAAGUAAAUUCGAAAAUGGAGAAAUCUAUGGAUAUUGGGAGUUGCCUGCUGUAAAAAUUGUUUUCUUUCGGCUGUAUUUCUCUAGCAGUUGUUUUUCUGCAUAAAAACUUAUUGGGAAGAACAUUUUAAAUACGGUAUUAUCAACAUGUGACAGAUUACAUAUGAAGCCACAUUAAUAAAAAAUUUUCUGGGAGUCUCAUCUUCUGUUUUUACCCAUUUGUUUGCCAAUAAAAAUUGUCCUCAUUUUCAGAUUUUUAAAGUUGAUGGGGGCUUCACUGUUUAUAUUUAGUACUUUUUAUUUUGAUAUCAUUUCUGUUGUGCUUUAUUUAGAAGGGUGGAAUGUGAGUGUGAGAAUCUGGGCAAAGAGACCCAGAAAUCAUGAAGACUCCCAACAGAAAAUAGAUGUAUGGCUGAGAAAUUGUGGUGCAGGCUGUUUUGAGGUGUAUAUGUAAGGGCCUAGAGUUGAAAGGUGAUGAUUUUGGUUUCUUUGUGUAUCAGAAAUUACCAUAUUAUAGUCAUCAGCAUAGUUGUCGUUGUAAACAUCACCUGAGCACCUAUUAGGAGUACUUACAUUUCUUUUCAAAAGAGGGAGGGAAUUGUGUUCUGUGGCCAUUGCAAGUUGCAGAGCAAACAGACCACAUAAUUUAAUAAAAGACAGAGAACACAAAGAGGAGCAGUACUAGUAACAUCAGCAGCAUGAAGCGUUUUAAAGCCAUCCUUACACACUGUCUUAUAUAAUGCUUUGCUGACCUCUUGCGUACGGUUUCCUUGAAUACUAUAAAAAGAAAGAUUUGGGAUGCAGUGUGCACACACAUGUGUAUGUGUCUGUCUGUCUUAGUCCUGAAAUAAGGAAAGUACCUGUGUAAUUUUUUUCAGUGUUAGAAAUGUCAAGAAGCCAAAAGAGCAGUAAUGAAUAAUUCGGAGCUAGGUGCACCUGCUAUCCACCAGGUGUGAGGUGAAACAUUUGAAAUUCCUUACAUAAUGUAAUUCUAACAUGAGGUUUGUAGGAUCCCUUUUAUAGGUGAAGAGAUGAACUUGCCUGUCUUCCGUCACUUCAGUAUUUUAAAUUAUUCAAAUAAACAAGAUUUGAAACAAAGAGUGUCUGGUUUAAGAGCUCACUCUUUUCUUCCCCAAACUAUGGUGGCUACCAGGUAUCCUGGGGUUCGGAGGGAGAGGCAGGACAGGAAGUGAUCAUGGAUGACAAGUCAUGUUGAUUUUGGAAUGGCAAGAGGACUAGGUUUCUGAUUAAGUAAAGACAAAGAGCUCAGGGUGUGGCUGAAUAUUUGAAUCCAAAGUAAAUAGGUACAUCUAUUAAAGGUGCUCACAGCAUGCCUGUCUGUAUAGUCCUUUGUUUUCAAAGCUAUUUCAGAAGAAGGGAAGGAGGUAGACUGUGAAGGCUUCAAGAAAGGUGGCAAAAGAUGGGCUCUUUCCCAAGGGCGUGGUGUGGAAGUUGUAUGUUUUUGUCAUUCUUUAUUAAAGAUCUCUCUCUGUCUCUCUUUUUAAAUUUGAAACAAGAUAUCACUCUCUUGCCCAGCAAACUGGUCAUGAAUUGGUAGGUUCAAGUGAUUCUCCUAUCUCAGCCUCUCAGCUGCCCCAGUAGCAGGGACUGUAAGCAGACACCACAAUGCCUGGUUCAAAUAUCAUAUAUUUGAAGGUUGCUACCUGAUGACCUUGAGAAGUCUUGUCUACAUCCCCAUCCAUGUGUUCUACCACUGAACAUGUAGCUUCUAGCAUCUUGAUGUUUUCAACUCAUCUCUCUUCUCUUUUUCUGCUUCUUUCCCCUCCCAACCUGACUUGUUAAUUGCUUUUCUUUUGUGUCUUCAUAAGGUUGUAGCCAGGCUGUUCCAUUCUGGGAUGUUUAUCUUUUACAUGCCAGAGUUCUUGAAACACCAUAAUGUUGUGUAAUGAGCAUAACUUCUGCCUUGACAUGUGGUGUUAAGAGCAUUAGUCACUGCAACGUAUUGAGUUAACUAUUUUCAAUAAAAGGAUAUAAUGGCCUAACAGGAAGAAGGUAUAAAAAUUCUAGUUGAUGGUUUUAAUGGUGAGCCAUAUACUUAGUGGGUUCCAUCAGUGAUGAGUUAGAGAUCCACAGAAUAAAUACAGAAGCAUUCUUACUCUUAAUGAGUAGAACAACAAAAAAACCACUAACAAUUUUAAAAGAAAAGACUUUGUUCUCACACAUACCAAGAGAAGCAUAGUCUCUCUCUGCUUCUUUGCUUCUGUUCCUGAUUCAUUAUUAUUAUUAUUAUUAUUCCUUAUUAUUUUAGUUCCUUAUUAUUUUAGUUUCAGAAUAAGGGCAUAGAGAAUAUCUAUAGUGCCAUUAAUCACAUGUCACACAACAGUGGUAUGUUCUAAUCCAUCACAGUAAUCAUUUUCUUUUCCAAUGUAGUGUCUUGUAAAUAUUGAUUAUUAUUUUUAUUAUCUAAUUAGUAAUUGAUGAUAUUUUGGGGGUUAAAGGGUUUUUGGAGGGGAGCUCCAUGUAUUAUCAUGAAGUUUCUGUGUAUCCUUUCCUUGGGGGAGUAUUGAUCUCUUUCCUCCCCUGUAAGGUGUUGAAUUUGUUUGCAGUCAUUAUUCACUGAGUCUAGAUAUGGAGGUAGUUUUGAAUGGGAGCCGAGUAACCUGUUGAUGUAAAGUCUGUUUUACCUUCAUGAUUACCAUCGUUGGCACCUCCCUCCUGCCUGGAUGAAUUCUCUGUCAUUUUAAGUAGGCAGCAAUUACUGGUUUGCUAAGGAAGCCAGCUCCUGCUGCCAAGGAUCCUAUUAAUUAUCACUGUAUCUCUAAUUUGGUCUUCCUCGUGUUGAGAGAAGGGGCAUGUAAGCGUGUGGCAGAGUGUGGCAGGGUGGCUGCCAUCACAUCUCCGUAAUAAUCUCCUUCUGAGCUGGUUGAGUGGCCUCGAUGUUCCCCCAAAGGGCCGAGGCGGCCCUGCAGUUCCGCGGAGCAUCCUGGGGCCUCCAAGCCUCCGAUAAGCUCCUCCAGUAUGACAUCACGGAUCUUGCUACGCCAGCAACUCAUGCGUGAGCAGAUGCAGGAGCAGGAGCGCAGGGAGCAGCAGCAGAAGCUGCAGGCAGCCCAGUUCAUGCAACAGAGAGUUCCUGUGAGUCAGACACCAGCCAUAAACGUCAGUGUGCCCACCACCCUUCCCUCUGCCACCCAGGUGCCGAUGGAAGUCCUUAAGGUGCAGACCCACCUUGAAAACCCCACCAAGUACCACAUACAGCAAGCCCAAAGGCAGCAGGUAAAGCAGUACCUUUCUACCACUUUAGCAAAUAAACAUGCCAACCAAGUCCUGAGCUUGCCAUGUCCAAACCAGCCUGGCGAUCAUGUCAUGCCACCGGUGCCGGGGAGCAGCGCACCCAACAGCCCCAUGGCUAUGCUCACACUUAACUCCAACUGUGAUAAAGAGGGAUUUUAUAAAUUUGAAGAGCAAAACAGGGCAGAGAGCGAGUGCCCAAGUAUGAACACCCAUUCACGAGCGUCGUGUAUGCAGAUGGAUGAUGUAAUUGAUGACAUCAUUAGCCUGGAAUCAAGCUAUAAUGAAGAAAUUCUGGGCUUGAUGGAUCCUGCCUUGCAAAUGGCAAACACGUUACCUGUCUCCGGAAACUUGAUUGACCUUUACAGCAACCAAGGCCUGCCGCCCCCGGGCCUCACCAUCAGCAACUCAUGCCCUGCCAACCUGCCCAACAUUAAAAGGGAGCUCACAGCGUGUAUUUUUCCCACAGAGUCAGAAGCGAGAGCCCUGGCUAAGGAGAGACAAAAAAAGGACAAUCACAACUUGAUUGAACGAAGAAGAAGAUUUAACAUAAAUGACCGCAUUAAAGAACUAGGUACUUUGAUUCCCAAGUCAAAUGAUCCUGACAUGCGCUGGAAUAAAGGAACCAUUUUAAAGGCAUCCGUAGACUAUAUCCGAAAGUUGCAACGGGAACAGCAACGUGCAAAAGAACUUGAAAACCGACAGAAGAAACUGGAGCAUGCCAACCGGCACCUGCUGCUCAGAAUACAGGAGCUUGAAAUGCAGGCUCGAGCUCACGGACUUUCCCUUAUUCCAUCCACGGGUCUCUGCUCUCCGGAUUUGGUAAAUAGAAUCAUCAAGCAAGAACCGGUUCUUGAGAACUGCAGUCAAGACAUUCUGCAGCACCACCCAGACCUGAGCUGCACGACCACCCUGGAUCUCACCGACGGUACGAUCAGCUUCAACAGCAACCUGGGGACGGGGGCUGAGGGCAACCCUGCCUACAGUGUCCCCACGAAAAUGGCAUCCAAACUGGAAGACAUCCUCAUGGAUGAUACUCUGUCUCCUGUUGGUGUGACUGACCCACUCCUGUCGUCUGUGUCCCCGGGAGCCUCCAAAACAAGCAGCCGGAGGAGCAGCAUGAGCAUGGAAGAGACAGAGCACGCUUGUUAGCAAGGCCGCCCGUUCAGCCACACGGACUGCUUCCUGUCUGGAUUAGCAGACUUCAUAGGUCACCUGAAGGGGUUUUCUUGAUAAUUUUCCUUCCUUAAUAUGAAUUUUUUUCAUGCUUUAUCAAUAGCCAGGAUAUAUUUUAUUUUUAGAAUUUUGUGAAACAGACUUGUAUAUUCUAUUUUACAACUACAAAUGCCUCCAAAGUAUUGUACAAUAAGUGUGCAGUAUCUAUGAACUGAGUUUGCCUCUGGCACAAGCUUUCUGAGCAAGUGGAUUUUGCAUCAGAGAAGUGUCUGUCCAUUUUUAUUCAGGGGAAGACUUGAUUUGAGAUUUUUAUGCCUGUGACUUCCUUAGAAAUUAAAUGUAAAGUUGAAGUACAAGAAUGUAAAGCAACCAAAAACAAAAAGAAAGAAACCUUCGUACUAAACCUUUCCAUUUUAUAAAUUUAUUGAUUCAUUGGUACUGCCUUAAUAUACAGUACCUUUCUAGCAUUGUUUAGUGUUUAUAUUGCAAACUAUUGAAAGAACUGGUAUAUGCUAUAAAAGACAAAAAAAAGCGGUCAUUUUAAUAACGAUUAUCUGGUUAGAAGAUAUAAUUGAUACCAACAAAAACUGAAAGGAGUCGGACCAAAACUCUAAAACAGAGUUAGUCUUGCUCUCUUUAACUCUCUAAAGUUAGUUUUUUUCAUUAAUGAAUUAAUGAGAGUGAUUUAAUUUUUCAUAAGAUGUAUUUUCUUUUGAAAUGGAAAUGAAUGUCCUCUCACAGUAUAAUACGAGGAGCAGUGGAAGUUUUACUCCCCCCCCCCCCAUUUUUGCUUUCAAUAAGGCAGCCACACUGGGCACAUUUCUAAUUGGCAUGGCUAUUUUUAUUUUUAAAUUAUGUUUUAGUCAUUUGAUUUGUACAGACUUUUAUUAUCAUCAUUCUUUUCAUUGUUUGUAUUAAUUUCUAAGAAUAUGCAUCUUAAAAUUUCAAGUUUCAAUAUUUUUACAACUCACUGGUGGUUUUCUGGAUUCUUUGUACACCCAUGAAAGCAAACUUUUUUUUUGCAAGGUCUUGUGUUUAAAGAGAGCUUUGAAAAUAUUUUGUAUAUUACAGUCUCACUCAGAACUGUUUUUCAGCACAUUUAAGGUAUAGUAUUAAUAGGUUAAAUACUGGCUUUCUAGAAAGAAUAAACUUAUGUAUUUAUUUUUAGGAUAUAAAAAAUAGCAAUAUUCUUGGAAACUGAUAACCAUAGUAUUAUUAUGCCCAUUACGGUCAUUAAAAUUGGGGCUUAAUUCACCAAACUCACUGGAAUUUUUUUUUAAAGAGAAAAAUACUGGAUUGGCAAAUUACUGUUACUUGAUAACAAUAUUUUAACAAGCAGCAAUGUUGUAAAGUUAGUUUCAGUGCAUUAUCUAUUUGCGUAGCCCUAUGCAAUAACAGUAGUGUUAAUAUGUAUCAAGCCUCAGUGUUUUAUACAAAUGAUAUUAUAGUGUUACAAGCCAGGCUGGGGAAUGGAAUUUCUCAGUAGCAGCCUACAGUUGAAUAGUGAGUGGCAUAAAGCAUAUCCAUUCAGAAUGAAGUGCCUUAAAUAUAGCAGUAGUCUUUUUUGGACUAGCACUGACUGAACUGUAAUGUAGGAGAACGUUUCAAGAUGGUAUCUCUAGUCGACAGGAACAUGUAGCAUGGUGCCUAUGUAGACCAUAUAAGAGCUUCCAAUUUUCCUUCACAUAUUUUUAAUAUGAAAUAUAUUUUAGUGACAGAGUGCCAACUUCUUUCAUCAGGAAACCUUAUUCAGAAGGGUUCUUACUGCACCCUUGACCACUUUUAAAAAAGUGUUUAAAUGUCAAAUGUGAAGUAGUGAUGGGCGAUGGAGGAAUCAGAAGAGUUAUUGUCAGCUGUGUGAAUGGAUGGCUUCAGUGGAAAUAAUCAACCUGCAUCGUCCCCAGGCACAUUGGGCAAUGAGAAUCCUCGGAAACACUGAUGAUGCUAUCACUUUUAUAGCUUUAUUACUUAAGGGGGUAGGGAAGAUUAGUUCCCAUUCUUUCAACCCUCUUAAUUGUAUAGCUCUUUUCCUAGAAUAGUGAUGCAAAUCUGCAUGAACAGCAAAUUGUACCGUAGUGUUCACUGAUACAAUCAUAGCAUUGUCUAGUUUUCUCUUCAUAUUUAUAUGGGGGAGGGGUUUGGGUGUGAAAGUGGAAGAUUGCGAUGCUCUGAUACCAGUUUUUCUUAGCUGAUUUUGAGGGAUUUUAACACUAGACCAAAGGUGGACUGACCAUGGCUGAAGGACCACAGCUGUGGAGAAGCAGCCUUCUGGGAGGCUUUAUUGAGAGAGUGUAUGGCAUCUUGUACCACUGCCUCACUCCUGCAACUCCAGAGCUUGCCGUCACCGGCUUCCCUGUCUCCUGUUUUUUUUUUUUGUAUCGGGGAUUGAACUCAAGACCUUGCGCUUACCUUACCAAGUAAGCGCUUGAACUGCUGAACUAAAUCCCCUUCCUGUCUUCUUCUCAAGACAGAGUUGCUGGGAGUGGCAGGUGAGGAAGCUCAGGAGAAUGCUGCAACCUUGGGGAGUGGUUUUCUUUCUUUCUUUAUUGCCAAACAGUAUGUGGAUUCAUCUUAGUGACUAUUUAAGCCAAGAAGCAGUGUUUGGGGCUUGCUGUUUUAACAAGAGAAUGAUCCACACCACUCCCCCUAUCCCUGGGUACAGAAUUGUGACUCAGGGUUGGGCCUCCAUUUGGAGUGACCAAAAUAUCAAAAUUGUCCACCUGCCUUUAGGUAAGACAAUGGACAUACCAAACCUUCUGACUUUGCCAAAAACUGUAUGACCAAUCUGGUCAUAUCUUAAGGAUGACAGUUCUUUCUGGUUGUUUUUAAACAAUAAAGCAAUAAGAAAAUAAAGUACAUAGGAUAUUAAAAGAUAAAAUAAAGCACAAAAGAAUGCACUUAGUAAUAUUUUUGAAAAAUGCACUGGGGAAAAGUUGAUGUUGAUAGCAGUAUAAAAACCCUAUUUCUUGAUAAAAUGACAAAUGACUGUCUCUUGUGGACGCUUGGUACUGUAAUGUUAAUAAUAGUCAUUUGCUGUUGGAUGCAGCAAUAAUUUCUGUAUGGUCCAUAGCACUGUAUAUUAUGGAUUGAUAUUAAUGUAUCCAAUGAAAUAAUUGAACUAUUGUUCUUGGUAGCUUCAUUAAAGCAUUUGGUUUUUCACAUA